AUGGAGUCUUUCGCUUAUACCCCCUUGCCUCAUAGGAUUAUCUUUGGACGUGGUUCAAUCCGAAAGCUUCCGCAAUGCCUCGAAGAACUUGGCUUUCGCCGGCCCUUGGUCCUUUCGACUCCUCAGCAAGUCGACCAAGCGAAACAAAUCACCACCAUCUUGGAGCCCCACAUGGAAGCCACCUGGGUUUUCUCCGAGGCCACGAUGCAUACGCCUUUGGAUAUCACCGAGAAAGCUCUCCAGUUCUGCCAGGAGAAACAGCCUGACGCCCUGGUCUCGAUUGGAGGCGGUAGUACCACUGGCCUUGGAAAGGCCAUCAGCUUCCGCAAAGGCAUUUACCACAUCGCCAUUCCAACCACAUACGCCGGUAGUGAGGUGACUCCGAUCCUUGGGGAGACCGUUGAUGGCGUCAAGACAACCCAGACAAAUCUUUCAAUCCUCCCCAAGACGGUCAUCUACGACGUUGACUUGACUCUCACGCUUCCACUGUCCAUAUCGCUCACCAGCCUUGUCAAUGCCCUUGCACAUGCCGUCGAAGCCCUUUACGCUCCCAAUAUCAACCCCAUGGUCAGUCUCAUGGCGACCGAAGGCGUCAAGUCCCUCGCAAGAGGAGCGUACGAGUUGCUUGACGAUGCCAACUCCAUUUCGGCUCGCUCUACUUGCCAGUACGGAGCCUGGCUCUGCGGAACAUGCUUGGGUAGCGUUGGAAUGUCUCUCCAUCAUAAGCUGUGCCAUAUAUUAGGUGGCUCGUUUAAUUUGCCGCAUGCGGAAACACACACAAUCAUCCUCCUAUACGCACUGGCCGAUGGUGACGCUUUACGCGGCCUUAAUACUCUGCUCCGCAAGCUAGGCGUUCCCCGGAGCUUGGGAUCCAUAGGAUUCAAGGAGACAGAUAUCGAUAAGGCAGCCGAUCUCGCCGUUAGCAAAUCCUACCCCAACCCAAGAGAUAUCGACAGAGAUCUGAUUAGGGAGGUCAUCAGGAGGGCGUGGGCUGGGGUGGAGGCAAUAGCUGAUUUGUAG